ACUUUGUAUCUAUUGUGAUAAGGUUUUUCAUUGUAGAAGCUGUACGCUGUUUGUGAUCUGGCAUUGAGCUUAAUUAUAUCAAAGAAAAAUAUUUCUCUGAAGGAUUUUCCUGCUGAACCCUCACUUAAUAAAAAAUUUUUCACUAGCCCGGAUAUGAGCUAUAGUAAUUUGAAAACAUAUUUGCCUCCGGAACUCAUUAACAUUAAACCUCAAGUAACAGGUAUUGAAAUAGACAUAUUUGAAGCAUCUACAUCAUCAGUAAUUAAUGGUCCUGUUGACCAGGAUGAAGUUACUACUAAUUCUGAUGUUUCAGAGAAGAGUGGCAAAACAUCUGAUAUUAGACCUAUGAAUGGUGAAGCAGAAUCACAAAAUGUGUCAAGCAAGUCUCAAGUUUCAUCUCACAGGCUACGACCUAAAAAAAGAAGAGAUGAUUCAAGCACUGAGAGCAGACAUGAAGACUCUUCUAAUGUGUCAUCAGUGCCAUCUGUUAAUACUGCUUGUGACAUUUCUCAUAAUUCAGAUAAGUUAUCAGAAGCUUCUGAACAAAUAUCUAUCAUUCAUCCAUGGAGUGGGAGUAGUGCAACAUCUCUGCAUUCUUCAGCUGAUAAUUGUGCUGGAAAUAAACUUGAGCAUGAGCGAAAAUCUGAAGUGCGGACUAGAUUAAAACGCUCUCCUCGCUUAAUGGAACUAAGAAAGUCAUCUUCAAUAAAAGAUACUGAAUCUAAUAAACAGAAUGGUUCUGUGUCCUCCUGUGAAACUAACAUAAAUUAUCUCUGUGACUUAGAUAUACGAAGUCUAAUAAAAGAAUGCAAUGUCCUUUUAAAUAAAGAUGAUGUGGAAAGGUAUACAGGUAGUUCUUUCUCAGCUUCUUCAGGAAGCAUUAUUCUUACUGAUAGAAAACAAACUAAUUUUAAACGUACAUCAUCAGUGGCCAGUUCUGAUUCUGAUAGUGUCAACCAGUCUACAGGAGGCCAGGCUGUAAAGAAAAGAAGACGUAAGCAAGUCAGAAAUCAGGAACUUAAUCAUCCAUCUCCAAUGGUGCUCAAAAGGAAACGGGAAUCCUCACCUUCUGUGCGCUCUGUUCGAGCUAAAACCUUUAGUUCUGUAAAAAAUACACAAUCUGCCAAAGAAACAAGUAUGUUAACCAAGUCAAGCACUCCUCUUUCUUCCAAACUAUCUCCAAAAAUCAAUAAUUCAGUAAAAAAAAACAAUAGAGCUACAACUCCACGAAGCAAAAACAUCAGCAAUAAGCAAAAAGUCAGUUCCCCUGCAAAAUCUUCUAAACAAUCCAGUCUUAAGAGACCGAAAAGGAAUCAAGUUAAUGCAAGUGCAAAGCGAAGGCUAUUGUGAUUGAUGAAUAAAAAAUAGUGUUAUUCAUGAAGUUCGGCAUUUUAUGUUUUUAUCAUAUUGUUCUGCUAUGUGGAAUAAACAAUUUUGCAUUAUAUGCAAAACUUUUAUUCAUCAUUUCAACUGUGUAAUUAUGAUUUUAUCUGCUCCUAGGUUCCAUCCUGAUUAUCAUUGUUUUCAGUUUUUAAUCAUCUCUAUUCUGUGUUUUGCAUCAUCUUAAUUUUCAUAUAAGUUAAAUUUAUUGUUAUCAUUUGAAGCAGAGCUUGCUUUCUCCAAGUGUAUAUUCAUGAAAAUUGUUGAUAAUACAUAUGAAUUGUUUUGUAUAUAUGUGUGAAAUCAAUUUGAGUCACACUUUAAAAUUUGGAACAAGUUUGAAUGUCCUUAUGUAUGCUAUACAUUACUUUAAUUUUAAUAACUGCAUAAAUGGUGCAAGCAUUUAAAUAUUAUCAUUCAUAUUUAAAAUAACGUUUCACAAUAUACAAUAAUUUUUCAGAUUUUAUUUGGAAAGGACAUAUUUUCAGGGAAGACCAUUUCCUUUUAAAAGACUGAGUGUUUUGAAAUGCCAUGCAGUAUUUAAUUACAUCCGUUCUUAUUUAAGGGGGGGAAUGUUACUUGAGUAAACAGAAUAAAUACUUAUGUGUAAUAUUCUUUUGCAGAAUUUUGGGGCUUUAAAAAUCAAUAUACGUAAUUUAUUGUGAGAAUAUUUUCCCCCUUUAUUCAUUACAUUGAAGUGUGUUUUAAUUUUGCAUAGAAUAUUCAAAUUCUUUAUUUAAUCUUUGCUAUUUUUAUAUAGUCUUAAUUUCCGGUGUACAUGUACUGAGAUUCUUUUUUAAUGUUGGUCUAUAUGGGAUUUUAGUUAUUUUUAAACUUGUCCUGGUAGUCUGCAUUAUUUGUGCAUUUGUGUGUAAAUUCUGUGAUGUGAAAACAAGCAUUUAUAAAUAAAAGAUUUUUAACCCAGUACUUCACAACCCAUUUCAAAAUUCAAGUGACACACUUGAGUUCCGAAAAUGAAGUAUAAUAUAUAAAAAUAAAUUAUAAAACAUAAAUAUAAAAUGAGCACUUGAAGAAUACAUAAAAAAUUUAACUGAAAGUAAAUAAUAAUAACAUUUUUAUUUGUCCAUAUUUGGUUCAACUUAUAAAUCCAAGCAAAUAUUUUUAUAUAUGAAAUUUAUUUUAAGUGAAACCAGGAGCAGCUUAACUACUGAAAAUCUAGGUACUUGUAUUCAUCUUAAGUCGACUAACUAUCUGUAAUCCAGUCUUGAGUAAACCGAUACCACAAGUUCAGCAUCAGGGAAGCCAUUGAUAUCAAUAAGAAAAAUAAUUUUCUGUCAGAUAUGUUUGUUUUUAUAAUUUUUAUCAUAAAGUUUAAAGCAUAUAGUAAUUGCUAUCUCAAUAAAAUUUAUCUUUUUAUUCACUAAGAAAGCCUGUUCUAAAAUCAAAAUACAACUGGCCCAAAACAUCAUCUUAAUACACACAAACCAUUUCAAUGAAAUAUUAAGAUACUCUAAUAUCCCUUAACUUUCUCUUUCUCUCUCUCUCUUCCCCCCCCCCACCAUGUUCCCCCAGUGUGUGAUAAAGAUUGGUCUUCAUCUUGAAUAUUUACAGAUUUCAUUAAAUAUAUAGGGAACUUUUUAAGUGGCAUUAAUUUAUUAAUUUAAAUCGUGUAACUUAAUAGAUAUAGUGAACCCCCUUCAUUUUAAUUACCUUUGGAAGUGGCUGGUAUUUUUUAAAACAUUGACAUCAAUAUUGAUAAUAAUAUUAUUCUCUGAGAAGACCAUUCCAUAAUCUAAGAUCAGCAACUAUGUAUUUGGAUUAUCACCAUAGAAAUGUAAUUUUGCUAUCAAACGCGGAUAUUUUUGUGUGCAGAAAAAAUUCAUACAAUUACAUUUCCAGUUCUUACGUUAACAGCAAAAUUUGUGUGGAAAACAGUAAUUAGUAAUUUCUAAAAUAUUAAUUUCAUCCUUUCUCUGCAUUAUGAUGUAUUUUAUAUUACUUGAUUAAGCAUAAUGAUGCAGCACACUUUAUAUAACUAAUAAUUAUUUUAAAUUGUUUAUUAUAAUUUGUUCUUUGGGGGGUGUCUGCAUAUCUGUGAAGAUAUCACAAAGCUACAGACAAUUCAUUUCUGCUUUUCAUGUUGUUGUAAUCAGCCAUGUUCCUUUCUAUAGCAAUAUAUAUAUAUAUGCACCAUAUGUGUUAAGUUAGCUAUAUUUAUGUAUGGGCUUGUUGUAAACCAAUGUAAAAAAAAAAAAAAAAAAACGGUAUUCUGCUGGAAAAUGAGGUUAAAAAAAUUCUGAGCUGUUCCAUUAACUGAGGAUCUUAAAAGUUUGUUAAAACCAAUUAAAUCAAAAUCCGGAAAAUAAAAAUCUGAUUUACUUUAUGUAGUGCAAGCACUUUUAGAGAAAGUGUUUAUUGAAAGUAUUCGGUCAGUUAGUCUGACUUCAUUGAUGAGUAAUUUUAAAGUUAAUAAAAAUUUGUAAUGUAACAUUAUAUUCCUCCCUUUUGGCACAUAAGGUCUGUUUUUGUUUAAAGCAUUAUCCUAUUCUGAAAAUAAGUUGUAAGAUGAUUUUUUUGUUUUGUUUUAUUGCUAGAUUAUUUAUUAUUCAUAAUUAAUAAGGCAAUAUACCACACUUUUAGUUAAUUUUUCUUGACAUGAUGCCAGAAGCCUUGUGAAAGAUUAAACUGUAAUGCAAAUCAGUAAUUGCUAUUACCAGUAUUUAGCUUUUCUUAGAUGACCAUCACAGAAGACCAAAAUCGUCUGGAAUCAUAGUUAACCUAGAGAGGUUUCACUGUAUAUUAAAUUUUUAGUGUAAUAUGUAAUUUAUCUUUAAUUAAAGUUCUUAAACGUAAUUUUGAACUAAUCAUUUUAAAUUUAAAUUUAUUUAUUAUUUUGUUAUUAAUGAUUUAAUUUUUAUCUCUGUAUUUUUUUUAUAAUUAUAUUGACAAUCAUCUUCAUGGGAACAGUAAUACAAAUGCUCGUUUAAAAUGGAAAUUAUUUUUCUAAGCUUUUAGCUUUGACUCGUAUAUAGUUGCAUUUAUGUAUGUAAAUUUGUCAUGUUAAAGCAUAACGAUAUUAAUUUAUUAUUAUUUUAAUUCAAACAUUCCUAAAACAUUACUUUAAUCAUGCCCAUAAGAUAGUUAUCUAUAUAAUUCAAGCUGCUUUCAUGUGUUUAGAGAUAAAUUUCAUUACAUUUUGAAAGUGUUUAAUGAUAUUUAUUUAUUUAUUUAUUCAAAAUGCAGGAUUACAUUAUUGAACAUGUGUUGAUUAUUUAUUGAAUAAGAUUUUGAGAUGUAUAUUGUGUGUCACUUGUGAAUUUGGAGGCAUUGGUAGUUUUUUAUGUAUGUUUAAUAAAGUGUAAUAUUUCAGAUCAUUUUGCAGAAUUGCAAAUAAAAUAAAUUUUACAACUUAUCUUUAAAUAUAUUUUUUAAUAUUAAUAAGGGGUUCUAUAGAAGCAAUUUACAUCUUUGAUGUUUUAUUAUAUGUCAAAAAAGGGCUUGUUUAGAAAAACUGAAGCAUUUAGAGAUGAUAUCUUUAAAAUUUUAUUUUAUUUUAUUUUAUUUUAUUAUGAUAAAUGCUUCUUCAAAUACUGUUGACAUAGUCUUACACUUAUAAACUUCCCUAUCAUAAUGUUUUUUUAAUUCUUUAAUUCAAAGGUUAAUGCAAUAUAAGUGCUUUUUUGCAGUCAAAUAGAAGAGAAACAUGCCACUGUGGAACGUAAAAUUCGGAAAAACGGUAACCUUAUUUUAACAUGGAUUUUAAAAAAAACUAUUGAUUUCGAGGAUGAUGGGCCACCUUAAAAAUCAAUAGAGGUUUGUUUAAAAUCUCUGCCAAAAUAAGGUUGCUGUUUAGCUUAACUUUAACUUCUUUGCAGUAUUUUAAGUUUCUACUAAGUAGUAAAGAUAACUGUUCAAAGUUUCGUUUAUAUUGCAAUGUUAUGUAAAAUAACUGAAAAAAAAUGUGAUUUUAGAAUAUAUAAACAAACUGUAGUCAUUAAUCUGCACCAAGAAUGUGGGUUUGUGCCUUCUGAUAUUUUCUGAAAGAUUCACAUUUUGAUGUUCUGAUGCUAAAUAUGCUUUAUUCAACAUAGAUCAUCAUGUACUGUUUCAUUGUCAUGUUUCAUGAUAUUUGUUUUGUUUAAUAUAGUUUGUAAGAAACCCUCUAUAAAUUUUUUGUGAAAAAUGUCAUUGUUGUAUACUACAUCAUGUCAUUAUUUGGUGAAUUCCUGGAAGAUUAUCUUUGUAUACUGAAAAUAAAAAAUUUUAAGAUUUGUAGUGUUCU